AUGGCCGCCUCCGCUCUCUCAACCGGAUUAAUCGAUCCCACCAAACAGGCCGAGUACCCCAUUAUUUUGGGUGAGAGGCUUUUAGGGAAAAAUGGUGCUUCACUGUCGAAGCUGGUCAACAUCCAAUACAAUUACAAGACAAAGUCCGCGACCGCGCAACAAACCAUUACUAGAUCGUCGCAAUCGAGGGACCACUACAACCUUACCAUUACGGAUAAAGCCCCGAAUGCUGAUCAGAACACUUUGACCUAUUCUUACCAAGGUAGUGUUGACCCAGAACAAGCUGUUUCAGAAUCUGAAGAGCGAAACCUGGUCCUGGUGUUCGACUCCCAUCGAAAGGCCUUUGUUCUGGAGCCGGUUACGGCACAGCUCAAUUUUAACCUCCGCUCGGCUCCGGCGAAGACAGAGAAGCAAGUGCUAGAAAAGUAUGACCAGCUUCGGACUUUGCAAGAGGAUGAUCAAGGCUUUGGAGACGAUCGGGGUUCAGACCAUGCCAGUGGGAAUGACGAUGGUCCAGCAGAUGACACUAAUCCGUACGACUUCCGGCAUUUCCUUCCUAAGGAGAACGCCGACGACGAUAAGUCGGUCUCAGACAACGCUACACCAGAACCUCAUUAUAACACAAGCAAAGCCAACACCCCAUUAAUGCCUGCGACUAUCAAACCCACACCGAGUCCGAAGCCUAGCCCGAAGCCUCGUCCUAAAACCCAGUCUAAUCCUCUUCGUCUCCCGAAGCCUGCCAAGCCGGCCAAGCAUGACAGCGCAGGGACCCCUAAGACAAGCUCCAAGCCUGUACCUCGCGAUGAGGGCGGGAAAGAGAAGGCGCCUGCUGAAAAUGUCACAGUCGAGGCAGCCAAAUCCCCAUCCUUCGAAAAUGGAAGCAGCGCUUUGUUAUCCCAACAGCCAGCUCCUUCACCCGGGUCUAACAUCAUCAUUGACGGAGACCUCAUCAUUGAUAUGGGCUCACCGCCACCUUCUCGACCUGCGUUCCGAAUUGACCCUGCUCACUUCUCUUCCAACAAUACACCAGCAAAUAAUGAUGACGAUGAAGAUGAGGAUAUUGAGGAUCUCCGGUUGCCCUCCCCUGCUGGGCACGGCGGGAUACCUGCUCGUUCCGGAAGGGUAGAGUCUAGUUACAAUGCGCAAGCUGGUGAAGAUGAGGUUGAGGACGAUGACGCUUUGGCGGCAGAAAUGGAAGCUGCAUUCGAAGAAAGUGCUCGGGAAGAGGAAGCUAGAAGUCAUCAGUCAUUGCACCAUUAUAAUGCUCCUAGCGAUGACGAGAGUGAAGUCAGCGAGGAGGAGUAA